CAGCAGGGUGCUGGAGAGAUAACCUGCGCCUGCUUUUUGUAUAAAGACUGUGCCAAUUACCCCGGGAGACUGGUUCGAUAAAGUGGUACGCGACUUUCACUCCGCGAUACAGCUCACUUCACGUCCACUACCUCCAGUGCGACUCUAUUAUAGCUUCGGCUCCUUCAUCCACUCGACUUGACGUCGAUUCCCUUGCGCCACAUCCAAAGCGACACUCCUGUUUAAACCUCACGCGACAUUGCCCAUUACCAAAGCGACAACUCCUCAAGCAACCUCAUUCCCACGCAACACUACCUGCGCAACAACCACCCUUGCAGCCAUGACUACCGCGGAGAAGAAGUACUCCAACGAAUUCGUUCGCGAAACCUACAACGGCGGCGACCAUGAUAUCCAACAUGGUACGGUAACUGAUAACUCCGAUGACCUCCAACGCCAUCUUGGAAAUCGCCAGAUCCAGCUCAUCGCUAUUGGUGGCUCCAUAGGUACAGCGCUGUUCGUCAGCAUCGGCGGUGCCCUCAAUAAGGGCGGUCCUCUCGGUAUCCUGCUCGCUUACACUGGUUAUUCAUGCGUGAUUGCGCUCGUGAACAAUGCCAUGGCCGAAAUGGCUUCUUACAUGCCCGUCAGCGGAGGCUUCAUUCGAAUGGCUGGCCACUGGGUAGACGAAGCAUUUGGCUUCAUGGCUGGAUGGAACUUCUUUCUCUACGAGGCCUUGCUUAUUCCAUUCGAGAUUACUGCGCUCAACAUUGUCCUGAAAUAUUGGAGAGACGAUAUCCCCGCUGCGGCUGUCUGCGCUGCUGUCAUUGCGCUUUACGCAGCUUGCAACGUUUUGGCUGUCAAGGCGUAUGGUGAGGCAGAAUUCUGGCUUUCCGGCGGUAAAGUCAUUCUGAUCCUCAUCUUGUACUGCUUCACUUUCAUCACGAUGGUUGGUGGUAACCCCCAAAAGGAUGCGUACGGCUUCCGUCACUGGCGCGACCCUGGCCCACUCGGAAGUCUGUACACCACCGGUGAUCUCGGCCGCUUCGAAGGUUUCCUCGGUGCUCUCUGGGCUGCUUCGUUCUGUAUUGUCGGCCCUGAGUACAUUUCCAUGGUCUCCGGUGAGGCCAAGCGACCACGUGUCUACAUCAAGAACGCCUUCAAGACCGUCUACGUCCGUUUUGGCGCUUUCUUCAUCCUCGGAGCUCUCUGCGUUGGCAUCGUUCUCCCAUACAACGACCCCACGCUUGCCGAUGUCCUCUCCUCAGGAGAGAGCAGUGCUGCUGCCUCUCCCUACGUCAUUGCUAUGGGCAACUUGGGAAUCGGUGGACUUCCUCAUCUUGUCAACGCUCUGUUGAUCACCAGUAUCUUCUCUGCUGGUAACACCUACACAUACUGUGCCACUCGCAGUCUGUACUCGCUCUCGAUCGAAGGCCGCGCUCCCAAGUUCCUGCGCAAGUGCACGAAGAGUGGUGUACCCAUCUACUGCUUUGUCGUUGUCAUGAUCUUCCCCUUCCUGUCGUUUUUGCAGUUGUCAGACAGCUCUGCAACUGUUCUGAACUGGUUGGUCAACAUCGUCACAGCUGGUGGACUCAUCAACUUCAUCACCAUGUGCAUUACCUACUUGUGCUUCUACCGCGCCUGCAAAGCCCAGGGACUCGACCGCAAGGCCCUCCCUUACACCGGAUACCUUCAACCCUACGGCACGAUCGUAGCCCUCGUUAUCCUUGUCUGUGUGAUCGGCGCAUAUGGCUACUCUACGUUCUUGCCUGGCAAGUUUACGAUCGAGGGUCUCUUCACCUACUACACCAUGGUGUUCAUUGCACCUAUCACCUUCACUUUCUGGAAACUCUUCAAGAAGACCAAGUGGCUCAAGCCGCAUGAGGUUGACCUUGUCUGGGACGCACCCGUCAUCGACAUCUAUGAGGCAUCCUUCAUCACUCCUCCUGUCGGUUUCUGGACCGAGAUGCUUCAGCUCAUUGGUUUCAAGCGCAACGUCCCUGUCGACAAGAGAGCCGAGGCCUAAGCUUGACGCGACUCGUCGCAAUGACUUGCUAUGAUUAUGAUCCAACGUUCGGUGGAUAGAUACCCUUGUGCCCGCGCGUGCACGCUCUGGCUUCAUAACGAAUCAAUACUCGUUUGCUCAAAUCCUUAGUUCAGCAUUGGAAUGUGUCAGGUGAUGGAAGACUCUGCUGCUCCUACCCUUGCGACAAGCAGAAAAGUCAUAUUUGCAAGA